AUGGACAGGAUAAGGUACCGUGUCAUGUCCCCUCCUAAUGGCCACAAAUCCCUGUGGCUGGUGCUUCUUUUGGGAAUGGGAGUGAUGGCAAAGAGUCUGAACUGUCCAGCAAAGUGUACCUGUCAAUACCUGGAAGUGAACUGCACAGGGCAGCAGCUGCAAGAUUUCCCCACGACCAUUCCACUGGACACAAGACAGCUGAUUCUGGCUACCAACAACAUCUCCUACCUGCCAUCGGUGGAGCUGAAUUUCCUAAGUGACUUGGUCUAUCUAGACUGCAGGGAGAAUGCCAUUAGUGAAGACCUGGAUUUCGCCUUCAUCAGUCUCAACAAGCUCAUCUACCUAGACCUCAGCUUCAACAACCUCACCCGGGUCACUUUCACCACUUUCUCCCAGCUCAGUAGCCUGGUGGUGCUGAAGAUCUCAGACAACCCAAAUCUGGUGGAAAUUGAGAAGGAUUCCUUUGCCAACAACAGCUGGCUGAGGCACUUGGAUGUGAGCCGUACUGGCUUGACAUUCCUGGAUAUUAGCAUUGUCAAGGAUCUGCCCAAUCUGAAGUCCCUGGGUCUAAGUGAAAACCUCUGGAACUGUAACUGCUCCUUCUUGGAGUUCACCAUCUGGAUGAAAGAGAGUGGCGUUCGCUUCCCAGAUCCUGAGAACAUAUCCUGCUACAGCCCAGCGGCUCUACAUGGCUGGUUAAUGCCUGGGGUGGAGUCGGAGCUCCACUACACAUGUCUCCUCCAUUUACAUGAUACAGAUUAUGCCUUCCUGGGUCUGAUUGGCUUCUGUAUAUUCUCUGCUGGCACUGUGGCAGCCUGGUUGGCUGGAAUGUGUGUAGUGCUAUAUGAAUUCCACACAACAAGAGGGGGGGAUGAUGAAGACGAAGAUGAAGAUGAAGAAGCAACUACCUAG